UAUUGCAAGUGACCCGGAAGUUAUUUAAGACAAAACGUUGUUGUUUAACGCUAUGUUGAAGAACUGACGCAACACUUUGAUGUCAAAACAUCCGCCCAUGCUUCACUUUGUAAAAAACUACUUUAGGUCUCAUUUCGGACUAACUCCAACCUUCUGGACGCGCAAGUACAAUAUCUGGAAUUUUGAAGUACAACGAGAGGCAGUAGUUGAGUGUUUUUGGUCAAUAUUAUGAUUGUUUUUGGAUGCCACGACGACAAGCUAGCUAGUUGAGAACUGCCUAGUUAGCUCCCGUACUUAACGAGCCACACGCUGACUGAAGAAAGACACAAAAAGUAAUACCGACUUUAAUUCAUAUAAAGCAUAACAAGUAAUAAUUUACUUACACGGAAGUUGGGAGAUGUUGCAUCCACCAAUACAAUUCAAGUUUCCAUGCCUUUAUUAUGUGUUUUUAUUUUGCUAGCACAAUAACUUACAUAGACGCCGAGUUAAAGGGCACUUUCAUUUAAGAAAAUUAUGUUAAUUUACAGAUGAUUCAGAGUACAUGUGAGGUUAAAUGGCUACCAAAUCUAUUCUUAGUCAUGUUUUACCCAUUUGUCAGGUUGACACGUAACAAUGCUACCAGCUGCCGAGCUAGCUAGCUAGCCGGCUAGUUCGCUGUCACCCGGUUGCCUGCUGAUAAGUGACGUAUACAAAAAAAAAAGAUUAAAUGUGCCACUCACCUAAUGGCGGGUUACUCGCGUUGAUGAUGAGGUUUAACGCCAUGGUGUAAGAUCCAAGGGGGGGGGGCGUCAAUCGCAAAGAGCCAGCUAGCGAAAUAAGUGUACAGAGCCAAGGCAAACCCGUCACACUCGCCACCACUCACGGCAAGAGGAGCGUGCGUAGCUUCUUCGCCUUUCAUUUAGAUGCUAGCUCAUUACUGCUUCCUGGCGGUCAUCUAGUGAAUUGCAAACAACACCGGAAUGUUUUUGCGCAGGGGACUUUUCUAGUCGGACUCAUAUCCUCAACGCACAGCUUUUCUAUUCUGUUGUCUAUUGGAAGCUUGUUUAAUCGACUGGAAACUGUCUGCUGUACAGCAACUCGCGGUAAAAUAUGUAUCAAUCUUCUUCUUUAGAUCGAUAACUAUGUUUCUAAUUUAUUCCUAGCGUACCAAUCCGUUCACCGUCGCCAUUGAAUAACAACGUUUUAAUUGCAAUAACUUAAUUUUGUUAUUUUCUGGAUUCUAAUGCAACAGGACAUUGAUAUUGAGUAAUCUACAUGCACAACCUGCGGUGGACAAUGCUCAUAUUGUUGUUAUUCAUUGAUAUUAGUGUUUUUAUUUUUAUUAUUAUUAUUAUUAUUAUUAUUAUUAUUAUUAUUACUCAGCAUGGAUUGUUUGUUGAUGCUGCAUUGAAGAUAAUUAAGUUGUGUGCAGGCAUGUCCCAGGACAGCCAACACGGCAAGUGGAGCGUCUCCAGCAGCGAGGAUGACGAUGACGAGCUUCCUCCAUCGGGGACGACAUCCAAACCCCGUCAAGCGACGCAGUCCAACCACACCACAUCCUCCGCGCCAAAAACCGUGUCCGUGACGGCCCCCGUGGAGGUGAAAGCAGAACCGGAACCUUCCCUGAUCGUCGGCUCCCAGGCCAGACAGCAGGCAGCGAGGAACCAAUCCAACCCAGUUAAGUUUGAGUCGCCUGCGGCGGGAAAGAGGAGGAUGGAAUCGUCGGACGGUGCGGGUUGGGCGCUCUCUGACAGCGAUGACGAUGACGCAGAGAAGAGGAAGAGGAGCGAGUCGUCGGUGAGGAAGCCUGCCAGUCCCAAACGUAAGAAAGCCAAGGUGGAGACGGAGCGCCCACCCAGUCCGCACGGCCGCGUCUACUACAUCGACGAGCCCGAUGACUUCUUUGAAGCCAGCGUUCCUCGUCUGGACGACACUUUUAGGUUCUACCUGAACAAGGUGACGGGUCUGGACAGGAAGUACAACAGCGGAGCGCUGCACAUCAGAGACAUCCUCUCUCCGUUGUUUGGCACCUUGAAGGCAUCGGUUCAGUUUAAUUACUGCUUUGAUAUCGCCUGGAUGGUUGAGCAGUAUCCAGCAGAGUUCAGGGAUCGUCCCGUCCUCAUCGUCCACGGGGACAAGCGUGAGGCCAAGGCUCGGCUUCUGCAGCAGGCUCAGCCCUUCCCUCACGUUCGCUUCUGCCAGGCCAAGCUGGAUAUCGCUUUUGGAACCCACCACACGAAGAUGAUGCUGCUGUGGUACGACGAAGGCUUCAGAGUCAUCAUCUUGACCUCCAACCUCAUCCGAGCCGACUGGUACCAGAAGACACAAGGGAUGUGGAUGAGUCCUCUGUUUCCACGGUUACCAGAAGGCAGCAGCGACACCGCCGGCGAGUCGCCCACCUACUUCAAGAGAGACCUCCUGGAGUAUCUGGCGGCGUAUCGGGCCCCGGAGCUGGAAGAGUGGAUACAGAGGAUCGGAGAACAUGACCUGUCCGAGACGAGGGUGUACUUGGUGGGCUCCAUCCCUGGCAGGUACGUUGGGCCCGACAUGGAGCGCUGGGGCCACCUGAGGCUGAAGAAGCUGCUGUACGAGCACACCCGCCCCGUCCCGGACGAGGACCGGUGGGCCGUGGUGGGCCAGUUCUCCAGCAUCGGCUCCAUGGGCGCCGACAAGAGCAAGUGGCUGACGGGGGAGUUCCAGUGCACCCUCGGCACUCUGGGGAAGUCCUCGCUGUCGCCCGACACGCCCCUUCACUUGUUGUAUCCCUCGGUGGAAGACGUGAGGACCAGUCUGGAAGGCUAUCCUGCGGGGGGUUCUCUCCCCUACAGCAUCCAGACAGCUCAGAAGCAACUUUGGCUCCACUCUUACUUCCAUCGGUGGCAAGCGGACGCAACCGGUAGGACUCACGCCAUGCCGCACAUCAAGACGUACAUGAGGUUGUCACCAGACUUCACUCAGCUGGCCUGGUUCCUGGUCACCAGUGCCAACCUGUCCAAAGCGGCGUGGGGCGCUCUGGAGAAGAACAACACUCAAGUGAUGGUUCGAUCCUACGAGCUCGGGGUCCUCUACGUGCCCUCGGCUUUUGACUUGAAGACGUUUACGGUACAGAAAAACCCAUUUCCUGUUUCGUCAUCGUCCUCUGGUUUCCCUGUGCCUUUUGACCUACCACCGACAUGCUACUCGGAGAAAGAUCAACCUUGGAUCUGGAACAUUCCGUACAGUCAGGCUCCUGACACUCAUGGAAACGUUUGGGUUCCUUCCUAAGUGUCGACUACACUAAACAUACUUUUUUUUUCCUGUAAACGUUCGUUUUAUAUUCUAUUUUUGUAUACAUUUGACAGUACUGUACGCAAUAAAAUGUAGCUGCUCACAAUGA